GUGUGUGGGUGUAGUGCUUAAUUUGACUUUAUAAAAUGAACUUUAAGGAAACCAUGUGAUAUAAAUUAGCAAAACAGUUGAAGAACACUGGGCAGUGCUCACCGAUUGCGUAGGUGUGUGAAUGUGUGUCUAGUUAGAGUUAGGGAGCUUGGGGACGCCAGGUAAUGUUAGGCGUUUUGCUCACAGAAUCAGCUGGAAAUGUGCCGUUCUAAAAUAGCCUCUACAUCUAGGUCAGAGAGACAAAACUGCAAAGUAAGAUGACUGUAGCUUUACUAUAUUUAGAGCAGGUUUUUCAGUGCUGAACAUCCCAAUCCAGAGCAAUACCUCGCUUUUCCAAGGGGAGGAGGCAGCAGCCAUCAGUGGAUGACUCUGCAGUACCCUGCUUGCGAGCAGGCCCACCUAAAGAUGAAUAGCCGACGCGGUUCCGUGACAAAAGCGCGGGCUGGGAGGCCGGGAUGCUUUUGGAUCGGGGGCCGGGCUGGGCCGGCUCUCGCUCCGCGGGGCGGAACUCCCGUGCGCGGAACCUCGGCGCUGGCCGCAGGAGUCGCCCGGACGGCUGAGCCGGCGGCCUCGAGGAGGCGGUGCUGGGGGCUCCACGCGCCGCAGCCGGGGCAAGAUGGCGGCAGUGAGGGGUCUGGAGACCGGCCUGAGGGUGGCUGGGGCCGCUGCGGCGCGCCCGGAGCGUUUCCUCAGUGUGCAAGAUGGACUGGCUUCUGACUUCAGAGCGUUAACAAAGACUCUCUAUGAUUUGAGUAAAACUCUGGGAAGUAAUAUAGUUCGUGGGGGUCCUCUAAAAGAGCUGGUGAUAGAAAAUUUUGAUGAAGAACAGAUUUGGCAACAACUAGAACUCCAGAACAAUGCAGUUCUUGAUUUCUUCAAGAAAUCCAUUGCAAGGGAUGCCGAGGAUGAAGAUCUUAGCCUUCUCUCAGACCAGGAAGAGGAUAGCUCUGAUGCAGAGACCAGCAGCGACAAGGAACUGGAAGAGAACAUAAUGGAAGCAGAAACCAAACAGAAGAGUGUUCAUACAAAAGAUAAGAUUAAACCUAAAGAAAAGCAAAGUAAACUCGGAGAAAGCGUAAUGCAGAAAUAUAGCGAUGAGGAUUCCGAUAUUGACUUUGAUAUUGAAGCACUAGAGCAACAAACUAAAACAUCCAAGGAAACCACAUUGAAGAAAGUGGGAAGAAAAUCUAUAGUGGAUGAUAAAUUUUUCAAGCUGGCUGAGAUGGAAGCUUUUUUAGAACAUGUAGAGAAGGAAAACAGGGAGGAAGAAGAAGAAGAAGAAGAAGAAAUUAAUUAUUUUGAAGAUGUCAUCUCAGAUGAUGAAGACGAAGAGUCUGAAGAAGAUAAAAUGAAACAAGUUAAAAGUUCUAGAGACUUGACAUACAAAGAUUUCUUUGAUCCGGUUGAUGACAAUGAUUCAGUAGCUAAUGAUGUUGAAGAUGAGCAGGAAGAAGAAGCAGACAGUGCUAUUGAAGAGGAGAAUGAAGAAAGCAUGUCUGAGGUUGAGGAUAUUAAUGAAAUGAUGAUGGAGAAUAUGAGAAGUAAAGAAGCCUCUAAAAAAGUCACUUUUAGUUUGCCAGAUGACAGUGAAACAGAGGAUGUUACUGAUACAAAAUUAGAGAAGGGCAUCGAUCCCAGUGAAAUAAAGUCUUCUUUUGAGAAGAGACAGGAAAAGAUGAGCAAAAAAAUAAAAAGUUUAGAAGAAGAGUUGUUAGAGGAAAAGCCUUGGCAGCUUAAAGGAGAAGUGACUGGACGAAAACGACCUGAAAACAGCCUUUUGGAGGAAACUGUAUUUUUUGACCAUGCGGUCCGAAUGGCACCUGUGAUCACAGAAGAAACUACUUUUCAGCUUGAAGACAUCAUUAAACAGAGAAUAUUGGAUGAGGCAUGGGACGAUGUAGUACCAAAAGAAAAACCAAAAGAGGAGGCUUUUGAAUACAAGAAACGUAUCACUUUGGAUCAUGAAAAGAGUAAACUGAGUCUUGCUGAGAUCUAUGAGCAAGAAUACAUGAAACUUCAACAGCAAAAGACUGAAGAGGAAGAAAAUCCUGAACACAAAGAAAUUCAGGAAAUGAUGGAUUCACUUUUCCUGAAGCUGGAUGCACUUUGUAACUUCCACUUCACACCCAAACCACCUGUGCCAGAAGUUAAAAUCGUUUCGAACCUUCCAGCUAUAAGUAUGGAAGAAGUAGCGCCUGUUGCUGUUAGCGAUGCUGCUCUCUUAGCACCAGAGGAGAUCAAGGAAAAGAACAAAGCUGGUGAUGUAAAAACAGAUGCAGAAAAGACUCCCACAGACAAAAAACGAGAACGAAGAAAGAAAAAACUCCGUAAACGUAUGAAGCAGAAAGAAAGGGAGAAACGUCAAAAGCUUCUUGAAAAGAUGAAACCAGAACAAGGCACAAAACUUAGCAAAAAAGCUGCUGCAGCAAAAUUAAAAAAGCUUACAAAGGAAGGCAAAGCAACUCUGCUCAAGGAUGAAGGUAAAGACAAAGUCUUGAAAUCAUCCCAGGCCUUCUUUUCUCAACUGCAAGAUCAAGUAAAAAUGCAAAUCAAAGAUGCAACCAAAGUAAAGAAGAAACAGAAGCAGCAGAAAGCCCUCUCUGUUCACAAACUGAAAUUGUAAUCUACCUUUUUAUGUAUGUGGGAUAUUGUAUAUAUUAAAACAUUUCUAGAUGAACGCUCAA